AUGUCGCGCCUCCCACGUCUUGUACGCAGUGCGCUAAGCACACAACCUGCGCUAGGUGGUGCUUCUGGUACAUACUCUCUUCCAUGCCGUAAAGUAGUGGUUGAGUACUGCGAAAAGAGUGUCGCGAGCAAGGGCACUCGUGACUUUCUGUUGCAAAAUGCGGCUGCCCUUGCACGCUCUUACCCUAGCGUUGAGUUCGUGGUAAUGCCGCGUCCUCAACGUGCCCCAAUACUACGUGGAUUUUACUUAAAUGGUCGCACAAAGCAAAUUUCGACGCAUAACCUCGCCGCAACCCAGAUCAUCCCCAAAAUGCAGCUUUUGCUUGAGUCGAGUGGAACCAAGACAACGCAUCUUAAGCGUAACCCUGUUCAGAGCUCUAGCGAGUCGGCUCGUGGUAUUUGGAGCCCCCUGCACGAUGAGGCGCACAAGCUUUGA